AUGUCGUGGGCGUUUGCCAAGCUGGAGGUCCGGCACGGGUCCCUUAUGGAGCCGCUGGCUGUAGUGUUCAUGGCAACUAUGGCCACAGAGCGCAUCGCUGCACAGGACCUUUCGAACCUGGUCUGGGCGUACGCCACGCUGCUAAUCGUCCACGAGCCUCUAUGCCAAGCCAUCUCUGCCCGUGCGCAGCAGAACAUCGCGGCGCUCUCGUCGCAGGCGCUCGCGAACACUGCGUGGUCUGUCGCUGUGCUGGAGUUCCUGGACAGGCCGCUCGUGGCCGCCAUCUCGGCAGCUGCCGUCCCACGGAUCGGGGAGCUCACGCCCCAGGCGCUCUCGAACACCGUGUGGGCGUGCGCCUCGCUGGUGUUCCGCAGCAGGCCGCUGCUGGCUGCGAUAUCGUCACGGUCCAGAAGCAAUAUCCGCGCGUUCACGCCCCGAGACCUGGCCAACUCCGCGUGGGCCUUCGCGGAGCUUGCCGUCGAGGACGAGCCCCUGCUGGCGGCGCAGGCCGCUUAG